AAACCCCCAGAACUGAGCCUAGUGACACAUUAUGAAACAGGUGAUUUGGAUGUACAUAACCUGGAAUUGCUGCAACAUAAAGUGGAAAGACGUGUAAAUACCGAAAAUUUAAUCCAAAUAAGUGGAUUAUCUUCCAUGAGAGCUCCUGAGGGACGCUACAGCUGAUUGUCAUCUAAAGGAAUCUAAAGAAAUUGAAAGAGAGCGAACGUUAUGAAGAUCCCCUCGUCUUCGAGUUUUACAUUGCAGGGGGGUGACGCCUCCUUUGAGAAUCGUCAGAAGGCUCUUUUCAAUGGAUUAUCCCAAGCAGAAAGGGCCUGCAACGUAAUCCAACCAGUGUCCGACUACCCUGACCUCGCAGUAGAGCAUUUUCGAAGACCCCCACCCCCAGGAAAACGACGUAGGACUGAGACGAGACAAUUCAAGGGACAGGAGAGCAUUUUCAAGAGGCCAGAGCUGCCCUCACCUUUCGCAGACAAGAAUAUUCCUGAUUACCUUCGAAAUCCGCACAAGUGGGCGAAAUACAGUCUCGCUGAUAUCUCCAACGAGGACAUGUCAGACAUGAACAAUACUCAGGCUGCAUUGUCCUUUCUCAAUGGUCUGAGGGCCAGGAGGCUGAAGGAACACGCCAUCAACAUGGAGAUUGAGGAGAGUCCCACAAUCUCCAAAGUCACAUUCAAAAAACCAUGGGGAGGGGGCCCCAGGGCCCUCGUCAUUCAGGACGAAAAGGAGAAGCCUGUUUUCAGGGGCAGCAAAAUCGUCCUGCCUGAAUAUGUCAUUGGCCAGAGGACAAUGAAAAAAGGGAGGAAGGAAAAGCCUCUGGAAAAAUUCGACAGAAAUAAACAACUCAAGCUACAGCAUUUGGAGGAAGAAGAAGACCAGUAGAAAAUUUGGAUUGAAAUUCAAAUAAAUCUUUGAGAUUUCAUAAAUUUUCUGUAAAAAAUCAAAUUAAAUUCUAGUUUGAUGAUCGAUUUUGAUGAAUGGAGAGCGGCAAGAAAUAUAUGUUUUAUGAAUGUAAAUACAAUUUUUUCGGUUCUCAUGUAAACUUUGUAGUACUGAGAAUUAUUACGAGUAAAUGAAUGAAUUGAUAUUCA